AUGAACACCGUUCGCUCCUUCUGGAUCGGCUGGGGGUCUGUCUGCGUCGCCGGUGCUGGCGCAUACUACUUUGCCAAGCAAGAGAUCAAUGCCGACCGAAAGAACAAGUUAGAGGCUCUCCGGCUCAAGCGACAGGCCAACCGCGAGUUAGAAUAUGGCUCUCCUGAAGGCGAGGAAAAUGCGCAACCACAGGCACCGCGCCGCACUCCAAGCAAAUACGAGGGUGCCGAAACAUACAGGUCACAAAAAGGUGAUCGGUUUUCGUAG